UAUUACAAACACACACAAUAUUAAUGAUCACUGUGUUAUUUGUUAUAAUUUUCCAUUUGUAUAUUAUAUUUCUCGCUGCUGCGAUUUCAUAAUCUCAUAUCGAUAGUCUCAGGUUAGAUUUUCCUUAAUGAGGAUGAUGCGUACGUUGAGUAACGAUCGAUUGUUCAGCAAAUUUUGACGGNAUAUUCUGUAAACAAGAAUUUGUGUGCUUAUUUAUUCCAUUUAUCAUAAAUUACUAUAAUAAAAAUCAUUAGGAAUAUAUCAACGUAUGAAACGAAAAAACUAAUGAAAAAACAAGUACGUUUCUUACGUGCGUUUUAGGUUCUAGGUUAGAUAGAUAUAUCGACGAACUUGACACGGUGCAAUUUCUUUAUGAGCGAGACUGAAGAAUCACAAACGCAAAAAGAAAACAUGACUUUAAGAACAAAGGAAGUUGUUCCAUGUAAAGAGGAUGUGAAUAAUAAAGAACAAACCGUCGUUUUUGCUGUGUUGAAUGCAACACAUGAUAAGCUUGAGGAAGAACUUCUGACUCAUGUGGCUAACAGCAAAGCGAUGUUUAAGAGUCAGCAGAAAGAAGAUCCAGAGUUGACAUUUGAAGAGAAGCGUGCUAUAGCUGCAAAAUCAUUGGACAAGAGCCAUUGCUUAUUUUUAUCAAAAUUUGGACAUUAUUUGAAAGUAGAACAUUUAGAGUAUUUUAGCAAAAGCAAAGAUUAUGAAAUUGUUUAUCAUGUAAACAGAUUGCGAAGAUACUUUAAUAAUUCUACAAGGCAUGUUGAUGUCAGAAACAGAAGAUAUGAAGCUCUAAAAACACUGAUAGAGAAGGGAGAAUAUUUUAGCGAAUGUGAAAUGAUGAAAAGAAAUCCAUUGUUGUACGAACACUUGAUAGGACAAUAUUUAACCGAAAAGGAGAAAAAAGCUAGAGAUAGCAUAGAUAUACGUAAUACAAACUAUGUGGAUGUUCUUAUGGAAACUAUUGAAAGGAACAAAGCAGAAAAACACCUGAAGUCUCAACAGGAAGAAGAAGAAGCAGUCCAAGAGGAAAGUGAUUCGGAUGAUGAUGACGAUGAUAGUAGCAGAGACAGUAUUACAUCCCAAAGAACAAACUCUAGCAAACACAGUCAUUCCCAUUGGGGAGGAAACUUGAACAACAAAACAGAUAACAAUUAUAAGUAUAGCGAUAAGAGAUUGCAAAAAAGAAAAAUGGGACAUAAAAUACCAAGUGAAGAGUUACAAUUACUCAAACAAGAAUUUGUUACAAAUAUGUAUCAGAGUUUCCUAGAUGGUAAAGAUAGAGAUUUUGAUUAUAGUACUGUGGAUAAUAAUGAAGCUUAUGAUAAUGUAGACUUGAGAGAUCAAGAUGAAGAAGAAAAGUAUUUUGAUUCUGAAGAACCUGAAACUAUUCUUCCACAUAACGAAUGCAAUAAUGAAAAUGAGUCUGAAGACGAGUUGGAAGCAUAUAUGAAAACACUUAAGCCAAUGACACCUGCCAUAACGGGAAUGGAGGAACAAGAGAAGCUGUUGGAAGAUGCAAUUGGUGUGGUAAAAGUACAGGCUUUCCAAAUGAAACACUGUUUAGACAAGUCCAAACUGAUGGAUGCACUGAAACAUGCCUCUACCAUGUUAGGAGAACUCAGGACUUCUCUUCUAAGUCCAAAGAGUUAUUAUGAAUUAUAUAUGACAAUCACAGAUGAACUACGGCAUUUAGAAUUAUAUUUGUUGGAUGAAUUUCAAAAAGGAAGAAAAGUUACAGAUCUGUAUGAAUUAGUACAAUAUGUUGGUAAUAUUGUGCCUAGACUAUAUUUACUUAUCACAGUUGGUUUGGUUUACAUAAAAACAACUCCUGGUUUGAAAAGAGAUCUUAUGAGAGAUCUUGUGGAGAUGUGUAGGGGUGUGCAGCAUCCGUUGCGUGGUCUGUUCUUAAGAAAUUAUUUGUUGCAGUGUAUAAGAAAUAUUUUACCAGACGUUGCUGAAGGCGAGGAUGAAGAUGGGACUGUUCGCGACAGCAUAGAUUUUGUUCUGAUGAAUUUUGCAGAAAUGAACAAAUUAUGGGUACGCAUGCAACAUCAAGGUCAUAGCAGAGAUAGGGAAAGAAGAGAAAGAGAAAGAGAGGAACUUAAAAUCUUAGUAGGAACAAAUCUUGUACGACUUAGUCAACUGGAAUCUGUAACUUUGGAUAAAUAUAAAAAGCUUGUACUACCAGGAAUUUUGGAACAGGUGGUUAGUUGUAGAGAUGCAAUAGCACAGGAAUAUCUUAUGGAGUGUAUAAUUCAGGUAUUUCCUGAUGAAUUUCAUUUACAAACGUUAAAUGCAUUUCUGAAAUCCUGUGCGGAAUUGCAAAAUGGAGUGAACGUCAAGAACAUAAUUAUAUCGUUGAUCGAUCGGCUUGCAGCCUUUAGUCAACGGUCUGAUGGUGUAGGAGGGCCAGGAAGUCCUAAUCAAGUACCAGGAAUUCCGCAAGAUGUCAAACUUUUUGAUGUAUUUAGUGAUCAAAUUGCGACUAUUAUACAGACAAGACAAGAUAUGCCUCCCGAAGAUAUAGUAUCCCUUCAGGUAGCUCUUAUAAACCUAGCACAUAAAUGCUAUCCUGAUCGGGUAGAUUACGUUGAUAAAGUCUUGUUCACAACAGCUCAAAUAUUCCAGAAACAAAAUGUUGAUAAAUUGGAAUAUAACAGUGCCGUUUCAAGAGAAUUAGUGAGAUUAAUGAAAAUUCCCGUAGACAAUUAUAAGAAUAUAUUAACCGUACUCAAACUAGAACAUUAUGCACCUCUUUUGGAUUAUUUUGAUUAUGAAGGUCGAAAAUCGUUGGCCAUUUAUAUAAUAACAAAUAUUCUUGACAAUGAAACAUUGAUACCGACACAAGAGCAAGUAGAUGCAAUACUGUCCAUGGUAUCUCCCUUGGUGCAAGAUCAACCGGAUCAACCUAUCAUAGAGGAAGAUCCUGAAGAUUUUGCCGAAGAGCAGGGAUUACUAGGUAGAUUAAUACAUCAUUUCAAAUCGGAAACACCAGAUCAACAAUAUAUGAUACUAAGUGCCGCAAGAAAGCACUUUAGCGCUGGUGGUAAUAAAAGAAUAAAAUACACUUUGCCGCCCAUAGUAUUCCAAAGUUAUCAAUUGGCAUUUACAUAUAAAGCAUUGAAGGAUCAGGAUGAAAUGUGGCAAAAGAAGUGUCAAAAAAUUUUUCAGUUUUGUCACACAACUAUUACCGCGUUAAUGAAAGCCGAAUUAGCCGAACUACCUUUAAGAUUAUUUUUGCAAGGCGCAAUAGCGAUCGGCGAAAUCCGUUUCGAUAAUUUCGAGAUGGUCGCUUAUGAAUUUAUGAGUCAAGCAUUUUCGAUAUACGAAGAUGAAAUAAGCGAUUCGAAGGCGCAGCUCGCGGCAAUUACCUUGAUCAUCGCCACGUUCGAACAAAUGAGUUGUUUCGGCGAAGAGAAUGCAGAACCUGUGCGCAAUCAGUGCGCUUUAUAUGCCAGCAAGUUAUUACGAAAACCUGAUCAAUGCAGAGGAGUCGCUACUUGCUCGCAUAUAUUUUGGUCGGGAAAAUCUUUGGCUACAGGUGGAAAAGAAAUGCAAGAGGGUGGUAAAGUGUUAGAUUGUUUGAAGAAAGGUAUUAGAAUAGCAAGCCAAUGCAUGGAUACGUCGGUGCAAGUCCAGUUAUAUGUGGAAUUGUUAAACCAUUAUAUUUAUUUUUACGAAAAAGGAAAUACAGCUGUAACUGUGCAAAUAUUGAACCAAGUAAUUGCAAAAAUUCGAGAAGAGCUUCCCAAUUUGGAAGCAAGCGAAGAAACCGAUCAAAUACAGAAACAUUUAGCAAACACAUUAGAACAUCUAAGAAAUAGAAUGGAAUCGCCGGAUUCUGACGGUCUUAGUUAUCAAGGCCUUGUUCUUUAACAGCGUAGAGUCGACGAUGUAAUUUUGUAAAUAACAAAAAUGUCUAGAGUAUAUAUACGGAUAAUAUAAUUCAGUUAGUUGUGUAUUAAUACUGGUUAACAAACAUUAUGUGUUCCUGAUUUGUUUAAACAAAUUCAUUAAACACUUAGCAAAAUGUUUUUACGAUUCUGAUGUUGCUACAAGAUUAUUAAUUGUAAGAUUAUUUCUUAAUCUAUAGAUAGUUUAUUGGAAUGUAUCAAAUUGCCUAUAUAAAGUAAAUAUAAUUCUGUAUCAA